AACUCAAUGGGUAAAGAAAAAACACGUGUCAAUAUUGUUGUUAUCGGCCAUGUUGAUUCGGGUAAAUCAACAACAUCGGGCCAUUUGAUUUACAAAUGUGGUGGUGUCGAUCAGCGAAUGAUCGAAAAAUACGAAAAAGAAGCUUCCGAAAUCGGCAAAGGUUCAUUCAAAUAUGCCUGGGUUAUGGAUAAAGUAAAAGCUUCGCGAGAACGGGGUGUAACGAUCGAUAUUUCGCUUUCUCAAUUCGAAACCAAUGUGCACUCGAUGACUAUCAUUGAUGCACCAGGUCAUCGUGAUUUCAUCAAGAAUAUGAUAACGGGUACUUCGCAAGCCGACUGUGGAGUUUUGGUCGUAUCGGCUAGUGUUGGUGAAUUCGAAGCUGGUAUUUCGAAAGAAGGUCAAACUCGUGAACAUACUCUGUUAGCCUAUACGCUAGGUGUGCGACAAAUGAUCGUUAUUGUUAACAAAAUGGAUGCGACUGUGCCAGCAUAUUCCGAAGCACGUUUUAACGAAAUUAAAGCUGAAGUAUCAUCGUACCUGAAAAAAAUUGGUUAUCAUCCAGAAGCUGUUGCUUUUGUACCUAUUUCUGGCUGGCAUGGUGAUAACAUGAUUGAAGCAUCGGCAAAUAUGCCAUGGUAUAAAGGUUGGUCAGUUGAACGUAAAGAAGGUAAUGCAACUGGCAAGACAUUACUCGAAGCUCUCGAUGCGAUCGUUCCACCACAACGUCCAACGAACUUGCCACUUCGAUUACCGAUUCAAGAUGUGUAUAAGAUCAGUGGUAUUGGAACAGUACCUGUCGGUCGUGUAGAAACAGGUGUACUCAAACCAAAUAUGAUAGUGAAUUUUGCUCCAGCAAAUUUAUCGGGAGAAGUCCGAUCCAUUGAAAUGCAUCAUACAACACUCGAAGAUGCUGAACCUGGUUGCAAUAUCGGUUUUAAUGUUCGCGGUGUUACUGUGAAAGAUAUUCGUCGUGGAUACGUUUGUUCCGAUGCUCGAAAUGAUCCAGCAUUAGAAGCAGCUAGUUUUACUGCUCAGGUAAUCGCUCUCAACCAUCCGGGUGAAAUUCGUGUAGGUUAUUCACCAGUGCUCGAUUGCCAUACAGCUCAUAUAGCUUGUAAAUUUUCGGAAUUGAUCUCUAAAGUUGAUCGUCGAACAGGUCGUGUUAUGGAAGAAGGGCCGCAAUUGAUCAAAUCUGGUGAAUCAGCUAUAGUGAAACUGAUUCCAACUAAGCCAAUGUGCGUUGAAAAUUUUGCCGACUAUCCACCAUUAGGUCGUUUUGCUGUUCGUGAUAUGCGUCGAACAGUGGCUGUUGGCGUUGUCAAAUCUGUUGAAAAGAAACCAUUGCCAUCGAACAAAAACGUCAAAGGACCUGCUGUUGGCACUGGCAAAAAAGAAAAGAAAUAG